AAGGAAGUGAAACUCCUAAUAGAGAACCUGGAUCUCCUGGAAAACCAAAUAAUCCCUGGGAAGAAGAACCUGGAAAACCCAAUAGGCCCAAAACACCAGGCAAUGGAAACAGUGAUUAUCCAAAAGAUGGAGAUAUCGAUUUCUUUACAACCACCUGGAUAAAUAGGAUGUUAACAGAGCAAACAAUAACCAGAAUUGUAAAGAGAUACAAAUUUACAAUAAUCUAUGAUGGAAGGACUGUAACUAUCAACCACUACCCUGUAACUGUGAAAGAAUGGCAAAAUGUUUUAGAUAAUGGUGAAGAAACAUUAAAAGAUGGUCCAAACACAGUAACUGUUACUUAUAAAAACAAUAAUAUCUAUUUUGAUAACAAUCCACUGUAUGAUGAUUCCAUUACUACUACCUAUAAUUUUGGACCAACAAGUACCACGCCAACAAGCACUAAACCUGAACCAGAAGAACUGAUUGAUCUUAAAGAACCUGAAUGGAUUGACUCACUGACAAAACCACAAGAAAUCAUUAGAACUGUGGGAGACAACAUAUUCACCAUAAGGUUUGAUGGUGACACACUUUACAUCAAUGAUUUCCCUGUUACCAGAAAAGAUUGGGACCAAGUUAUCAGAGGGGAAACAGUUGAAUUAACAAAGAAAAACCCCGAUGAUACAGCAACUCUUACCAAAAAGAAUGAUGAAAUAUAUUUCAAUGGAAAACCCAUUACAGGGCCCGAGACUACUAAUACGGUCACAAUAACUGAAAACCCAGAAAACCCAAGGGGACCUAAUGGGAGAGAAGUCCCAAAUAGUCCCAAUAAUGAAAAUCCUAGCACUAAUCCAAAUGGACCUAAUAAUCCUAAUGGACCUAAUGGGAGAGAAGUCCCAAAUAAUCCCAAUAAUGAAAAUCCUAGCACUAAUCCAAAUGGACCUAACAAUCCUAGUGGACCCAAUGAUGGCAAUAAUCCAAAUGGACCUAAUAAUCCUAAUGGACCUAAUGGGAGAGAAGUCCCAAAUAAUCCCAAUAAUGAAAAUCCUAGCACUAAUCCAAAUGGACCUAACAAUCCUAGUGGACCCAAUGAUGGCAAUAAUCCAAAUGGACCUAAUAAUCCUAAUGGACCUAAUGGGAGAGAAGUCCCAAAUAACCCCAAUGAUGAAAAUCCUAGCACUAAUCCAAAUGGACCUAACAAUCCUAGUGGACCUAAUGAUGGCAAUAAUGAACUGGAAUAUCCUGAAUAUCCUGAAUAUGUUCCUAAAACAAGAGGACAACCUAAUAAUGAGAAUCCUAACAAUAACCCUUUUACUCCAAGUAAUAUUUAAACUUUUAAAGUUUGAACUAAAAUUAAUUGAUAUAUACUUAACCAAUAAUGCCAA